AUGGCCGCGGACGCCGCCUGGCACUACCAGUUCCGGAUCAUCACGCUGGGCGACUCCACCGUGGGCAAGUCCUCGCUCCUGAAGCGCUACGCCGAGGGCGCCUUCCUCGAGUCCAUAAACCAGACCGUGGGGGUGGAUUUCUACGUUCACUACGUGCAGGUGGAGCCGGACCUGAGAAUCAAGCUGCAGUUUUGGGACACCGCCGGACAGGAGCGGUUCAGGUCGGUGACACGCUCCUACUACCGCAACUCGGCCGGAGCAGUGCUGAUGUUUGACCUAACCAACCGAGCGUCCUUUGAGAACAUCAGGAACUGGCAUCAGGAAGUCGUGGACACGGUGCAGCCUCGUCAUGUAGUCUUCCUGCUGGUUGGACACAAGAGUGACCUGCAGGCAGGACGGAAGGUUGGGCAGAAGGAGGCAGAGAAACUGGCUGCUUCACUGGAGGCAAAGUACAUCGAAACAUCAGCUAAGAGCAACAUCAAUGUGGAAGAGGCUUUCCAGAUGUUAACCUUAGGAAUCUAUGAGGCACUGAAAAGUGGGAAAAUGACACCCAGUGACCAGUGGGAUGGGGUGAAAAGCAAACUGCCACCCCUCGUGCCGUCUGCAGUCCAGGCAGCGGGGAAUAAAACAUGCUCAUGUUAGGAAAAGGCGAAUUAUUCCGGAAACUGCAGAGCUGUUGUGUAAGAGCACCAUGGUGCAGUCUCUUUCCAAAUGCAGGUCAAAACCAGUGAAGACCUUUAAGGCUGGUGCAUACACAGAAAUUCCCUUUUCUUUAUUGCUAAUCUAAUAAACAGGAAGAAAAGAACUCUACAAGUCUUUCCAGCUAAGAAUGAAAGUGCAGAUGACUGCGUGGAGGCGCAGCUGCAGUCCGGAGUCACUGGCGAUUGCUGCAAUGCACAUCUCAUGUCUGUGCCUGCCACACCUCUGGAGACGAUUCUUAUUUAAGGCAAGCCUGUGCCUGCUUUGUAUGAAAUGUCAGCACUCACCCUUUUUUAAUCAAUCAAAAUCUUGACAGGCUCUUCCGUAGCCUCUUCUGCUCCAGAGACUUCACUUGAAACAUGCAAAGAGAGCUAUCAGGGCUACCAACUCUCCGAGAAGAAUCUGUCAGGCCAACCCCCUAAACAUGCUUGAACCUCCAUCAGUGACCACCUAAUUCUGUGAACAUGUUGUUUGAUUCAACUUCACUGGCUGACAGAUGUGAGAACUGUGAUACCAUUAAUCAUCUCAGAGUUUAGGAAUUCAUGGGGUUGGUGUACAGAGCGGGCCAAGCUCUUCCUCAGGGCAGGCUGCGCCGUGGGAGGCUUCGUCAGGGUCUGGAGGAGCAGCAGCAGCAGCAGGCGGGAGCUGAACCCUUUGAAGGCCGUUCCAAGUUGCUUAGUGAAGUUUCUCACUGAGCAAGAAGGGUUUCUGCGAGGGGAGGGGACCCGAUUGUUGACCCAGCAAGGAGGAGUUGGCGACACCAGCUGCUCAGAUGGAGGGGCUCCCUUGUUCUCGCCAUCUUGCUCUCCCCAAGGGUGGAGCCUUCGGCCUUCCUGAAAGGGAGGGCUAGUCAGGAAGUUUCCAGCUUAGAUUCAGCUCUUUACAUGAGCAGAAGCUUCUUCUUCCAGCUUUUGUAAGAGGUUAGAGCUAAACUGUUCUGUUAACUAUGGAGCUCCAAUAAAGAGAAUUGCAUUUCAAAAAUUGUCUUGAAUUUUGGAACUUAAGGAAGGGGAUAGCUCAUGACAACAGGUUGCAAUCUUCCACAGAAGAUCUGCUGGUAAAGGACAAUGUUGUUUCAAAUCAACUCUCUACCUCUGUUGUUUUAAGCAUAUUCCCUGUUGCUUGCGGAUUUGCUGUGAAUUCAGAUAUGUGGCCAUUUCUGGUCUUGGCGAAGCAGGGAAUAGGUGCAAUUGCCAGAGGUCCUCUCAGGUCGGAGAUCAGAAAUAAAGCACAGUAGUUAAAUUAGAAACAUUUUGAAGAUGCACGAGGUAAAGCAGCCUUCCCCAACCUGAAGCCCUUCAUGUUUUGGAUCGCAAUUCCCAGGAUUCCUGACUAGUGCCCACGUUGGCUGGGGCUGAUGGGUUUUUAGUCCAAGAAAUCUAGAGGGCAUCAUGUUGGGAAACUCCAAGGUAAUGGAUCAGAAGAAGCAAGGCUGGUGUUCAGUAGCAG